GACAAAUCCAUGAAAGCCGUCGUCUCGGCCCUUGCCGGCACCUGCUUCGCCUUCUUGCUGAUCUUCGGCCUAGACAAGGUUGCAGACAUGAACGCGCACGACGUAGAAGUGGACUGUGCCCUCCGCACCAUCAUCACGGCCUUGGGAAUGCUGGUUGGCAUCUCCUGGGAACGCUGCUUCGAUGCAGCGGUUGCUGGAGUAGCAGAGAAGCAUGUGGGCCGUUUGCCGCCACCUGUGAUGAACCUCCUUCUGGCAAUAUUGCUGGCUGCCAUGGUGCUUCCUGCGUGGAAGUGGUAUAUCCAUCCAAAACUCCACAAGGAGGGCGAGGAUGUCGAGUCCGACUUGGGAGAAGCCACACGGCUUUUCGGGAGGCUUGGAGAUUCGCAUCCCAUCAUGUGCAGGGCAGGGAAGGCGGAUGUGUGUGACGUGGCCCCUUUGUCCUGCCGCCCUGGGCAAGAACAGGACGACUCAAGGAAGACGCGAGAGGCUUCAGAACAUGAGAAGUGCAUAGAAGAAGUAUCGGGCAAUCUCAAGGAAGCACCCGUGGACACCUGCAUGCCCUCUGCAGACGAAGUUGGUUUGGAGGCAAGGGAUCUCCAGUCCCAGAAGCCUCUGCUUUCUUCGACGACCGGCGAAGCGUGCCCCCUGGGGAAGGAAGUCUACCUGCUUCCAGAUGAUCUGGAUGACCUGGACGUCGUCUCCUUGGGCAUGCCCAAUCGUCUUUGUUCCACUCCCAUAUUUGGGAAGUGCACAUCCACGCUGGUCUCGAUCUAG